AUGGUUGCUCAAGUUCAAAAGCCCGCUCCUUCGUUCACCAAGACCGCCGUCGUCGACGGUACCUUCGAAACCGUUUCGUUGGAAGACUACAAGGGUAAGUGGGUGUUGUUGGCCUUCAUCCCCUUGGCCUUCACCUUCGUGUGCCCCACCGAAAUCAUUGCCUACUCUGAGGCCGCCAAGAAGUUCGCCGAAAAGGACUGCCAAGUGUUGUUCGCCUCGACCGACUCGGAAUACUCGUUGUUGGCCUGGACCAACGUCGCCAGAAAGGACGGUGGCUUGGGUCCCGUCGACAUCCCCUUGGUUGCCGACACCAACCACUCGUUGUCGAAGGACUACGGUGUGUUGAUCGAAGAAGAAGGCAUUGCCCUCAGAGGUAUCUUCUUGAUCGACCCCAAGGGUACCUUGAGACAAAUCACCAUCAACGACUUGCCCGUCGGUAGAUCUGUCGACGAAUCGCUCAGAUUGUUGGAAGCUUUCCAAUUCACUGACAAGCACGGUGAAGUUUGCCCCGCUAACUGGCAACCCGGUGCCGACACCAUCAAGCCUGAAGUUGACUCGUCGAAGGAAUACUUCAACAAGGUUAACUAA